AUGUUGCGCCUGGGCAAACUUUCAACUCGAAUCGCAUUCGCCUUUCCAUCAUGGAAAGAGAUGGAAGCUUUCCUCUCACGCAGCAAAAACGCUGUCGAAGCGCAGCAAUCUGCGCCCGCAGAGUCAGAGAAGGACAUCGACGGAUUGCUAGAAGAAGAGCCCUCCACGGAUUUGAAGCUUGCCAUCUUGCAUUCGUUGCACCCAGAGACAGACUCAUCAACACUAUUAGACCUGUUGGUUGUAGAGAAUGGCUUGGUUGAGCGCGUAUUGGAAGUUCUAGCCUCCAAGGCUCUGACAAGCACGCCUCGGAAGAGGUCUGCUAUGAGUAUCGGCUAUCAGUCAUCAAUUGCCCAAUUUGGCAGAGAUACAGCAUCUGAAUCACAAAUCUUGACAAAGCGGAGGGCUUUGACGAAGAAGGGUCAAACUCUCCAUCUAUUCGCACCUGAAGAUGUGGAGAAGCACACACCUUGUUCAAUCGUUCAUAACUUCCUGCCCAAAGAAGAGGCUGAGGAUUUGUUGAGAGAGCUCCUAGGAGAAGCCCCAACGUUCGAGAAAGCGACAUUCAAGAUAUUUGACAAUGUUGUGCAGUCGCCCCAUUCUGCUUGCUUCUAUGUUGAAAACCUUGAAGAAGAAAUCAAGCAGAAGAAUGAGUACUUGUAUAAUGGCAGCUCGUUGGAAGAUGUGCGUCAGCUUACGCCUCAAAUGCGCAAAGUAUCACCCAAAGUUGAGGCUGCUGUCAACGAUGAAAUUCAUAGGCGGAUACAGACAUUUAACCCACAUGGUCAAAAGCUGCAGUACCAACAGCCAGGGCCGUGGGUACCCAACGCUGCGUUUGUGAAUUGCUACAAAGGAGGGGCUGAGAGUGUUGGAUAUCAUUCUGAUCAGUUGACUUACCUUGGACCUCGAGCUGUCAUUGGGUCAAUCAGCCUAGGAGUUGCAAGUAACGCAGUGCCUUUAUGA